AUGAUCUUUGUGAUUUCGAUUGCAAUCAUUGCAAUUUAUUUUUCCCACCACUUUUAUUGGAAGCGUCGAAAUCUCCCGCCAGGUCCCACGCCUUGGCCACUAGUGGGAAACUUCCUGCAAGUUUUCAACCCUCCGCCAGGCUAUGUGGCUUUCAAAAAUUGGACCAGAAAAUACGGAGAUGUUUAUACUUUUUGGGUUGGAUCGACACCGUAUAUUUGCAUAAAUUCGUAUGAGAAAAUCAAGGAGACUUUUGGAAAAGAUGGUGAAACGUAUGCUGCAAAAAAGUUACAAGAAUUUCAAGAAGAUUUUCGUGGCGGAAAGAACUUGGGGAUUAUUGAGGCGAAUGGUGAAAUGUGGAGAAUUCAUCGACGAUUUGCGUUGAUGAAUUUGCGAGAUUUUGGGUUGGGCAAAGAUUUGAUGCAGGAACGAAUUCUUAUUGAAGUUGAAGAUAUUUUCGAUAACUUCGAUAAUUGCUUGGAAGAAGUUGACAUAACUUUUGCAUUUUAUAAAGCGGUGGCUAAUGUUACGAAUCAGCUUCUUUUCGGUUAUCGAUUUGAAGGGGAACGAAAUGCCGAUUUCGAAAAGCACAAGAAAAUUAUGGAUUUUCAAAAUGAGUCCUUCAAAAAUCCUCUAGUCUUUAUGCAAUUCUUCGUGCCCGUUAUUGGAAAUUUUUUGCCGAAUCAUAAUGUAAAGAAAAUGUAAGUUUUCUUCUCACCAAAAGAAUUGCUUUAUAAAAGUUUAAAAUUUUAAGAUUUGGCUCACUGAAAAACGAGUUUCACUCAUAUUACAAUGAGCAAAUUGAGAGACAUCGAAAAGAAAUCGACUUUGAUUCUGAAGAAAAUAGCGAUUAUUGUGAGGCCUAUUUGAAAGAGCAAAAGAAACGAGAAGCUUUAGGAGAUUUCGAAAGUUUUUCAAAUUUACAACUUACGAAUUCUUGUAUGGAUUUAUUGUUUGCUGGAUUGGUGACAACCGAGACUACGAUUUCCUGGGCGCUAGCCUAUCUUUUGCAUAAUCCAGAAGUUGAAGAGAACAUUCAUGAGGAAUUAGAUCGAGUUAUUGGUGGUGAGAAAUUGAUAACAACUGCUGAUAAGAAUGAUUUACCAUACAUGAAUGCUUUUAUAACCGAAACUCAAAGAUGCGCUAAUAUUUUCCCAAUGAACACAUUUCAUGAAACUACCCGGGAUACUGUAAUUGAUGGUUGGCAUGUGAAAGCUGGAACUGGAGUAAUUGCUCAGAUUAGUAUGGUGAUGCUAGAUGAGAAAAUUUUUCCUGAUCCAGAGAAAUUCGAUCCAAUGCGACAUAUCGAUGACAAUGGGAAGUUCAAGAAAAUCGAUGAGAUGAUUCAAUUUUCAAUUGGCAAACGACAGUGUUUAGGAGAAGGAUUGGCUAGAAUGGAAUUAUUAUUAUUCAUCUCGAACUUCUUGAAUCGCUAUAAGAUAAAAGUAGAGACUCUUCCGUCUAUUGAUAAAUCCGAAGAUGCGCAUGUUUUAUCAAGAAAAAUUGAGGGGGUUUUAGAGAAACGUAGGAAAAGAAAAAAUGUGCAGUUUUUUUAAUGAAAUAUUUUUUUCGGUCUGAAAAUGUGAAAAAUUAUUGAUUCUGAAGUUACCUCAGUUUUAGGUCGAUCGCUAAUUCAAUGGCUUCUAGAAUAACCCAAAUUUUUCCAAAAACAUGAACAAACUAUAGUUAUUUUCCCCUCUCGUGGUCAUUUUUCUCUGCGUCUCUUCUUGUCACAAAGCACAGUCACAAAAGAAAAGAAAUGUUAUAUAAAUAGAGGGUUAGCCUCUACAUUCUGACUGAUUCUCACAUCAAAAAUGAUUCUUGUGAUUCUUCUCACAAUUAGCUUUGCCUACUUUUUCCAUCAUUUCUAUUGGAAGCGUCGAAAUCUUCCGCCGGGUCCAACACCUUGGCCAUUAGUGGGAAACUCCCUUUCAAUGUUCUAUCCGCCGCCAGGAUAUGUGGCUUUUAAUCGAUGGACCAAAAAAUACGGUGAUAUUUACACUUUUUGGAUGGCUGGAACACCGUAUAUUUUCAUAAAUACUUAUGAGAAAUUGAGAGAGACAUUUGUCAAGGAUGGCGAUAUUUAUGUAGCGAAAAAACCGCAACAAUUUCAAGAUGAAUUUCGUGGCGGAAGUUUUGGUGUGAUUGAAUCGAAUGGUGAAAUGUGGAGAACUCAUCGAAGAUUUGCGCUGAUGAAUUUGCGAGAUUUCGGGUUGGGUAAAGAUUUGAUGCAGGAGAAGAUCUUGAUUGAGGUCGAAGACAUCUUCAAGACUUUUGAUGCUAGAGUUGGAAGCGGCGAAGAAGUUGAUAUUCCUUUGAGAUUUUAUUUUGGUGUGGGAAAUGUUAUCAAUCAAGCAACACUUGGUUAUCGCUUCGAGGGGGUUAGUUUUGAAUUUCCGUUUGUGAAAAUUUGCAAAAUCCAACAUUUUCAGGAAAAUAACAAAGAAUUCUUGCGUCUCAAAGGUUUGAUAGAUUUUCAAAACACGGCAUUCGGCGAUCCUCUGAUUCUGAUUCAAUUUUUCGUGCCAGCUCUUGGAAAAGUUUUACCAAAUAAAAGUAUACAACGAUUGUAAGUUUCAACAACUCCAAAAGCUCACCAUAAGAAUCACGUUUUCAGAUUGGAGAUAUUCAAGACUGACUUCUACCAAUUUUUCAACGAGCAAAUCGAGAAACAUCGGAAAACUAUUGAUUUUGAUUCAGAAGAAAAUGGGGAUUAUUGUGAGGCAUAUUUAAAAGAACAAAGGAAAAGAGAAGCUGAAGGAGAUUUCGAAAGUUUUUCGAAUAAACAACUUUCAAAUGUGAUUUUGGAUAUCUGGUUUGCUGGGCUAGUCACAACAACAACUACAAUCUCUUGGGCACUUGGAUAUAUUCUACAUAAUCCUGAAGUUGAGAGGCGAAUCAAUGAAGAGCUUGAUAGAGUAAUUGGAAGUGAGAGACUUAUCACAACUGCGGAUAAAAAUGAUCUUCCAUAUAUGCAUGCUUUUAUUACCGAAACUCAACGAUGCGCAAAUAUUAUUCCGAUUAACACAUUCCACGAGACAACUAGAGAUACGGUAAUCAAUGGUUGGCCUGUAAAAGCUGGAACUGGAGUGAUUGCUCAGAUUAGUACAGUUAUGAUGGAUGAAAAAGUUUUUCCUGAUCCUGAGAAUUUCGAUCCAACAAGACACAUUGAUAAAGAAACUGGGAAGUUCAAGAAAAUCGAUGAGAUGAUUCAAUUUUCAAUUGGCAAACGACAAUGUCUUGGAGAAGGAUUGGCUAGGAUGGAAUUAUUUUUAUUCAUCUCGAACUUCCUGAAUCGCUAUAAAAUGAACGUGAAAAAGCUUCCAGAAAUGGAUAAAACUAAAGAAGCUGCUGUUGGGCCUCGAGCAUUCAAGGGGUUUUUAAAGAGAAGACAAAAUUAA